AUGGUCUACGUCCAUGGGGAGUCGUUCGACUUCGGCACCGGCAACGCCUUCGACGGGUCUGUGCUGGCCGGCCUCGGUGCCGUGGUGGUCGUCACCCUCAACUACCGACUCGGUCUGCUCGGUUUCCUGAACGCCAACUUCGAGCCGGUGCGGGCGGUGGCCAACUACGGCCUGCUCGACAUCGUGGCCGCGCUCGAGUUCGUGCGGCUGACUGUGAGCGCGUUCGGCGGCGAUCCGACCAGCGUGACUGUGUUCGGCCACGGCGCCGGCGCUGCCUGUAUCAACUUCCUGAUGACGUCAGCCUCGGCGCCGCUCGGCCUGCUGUUUCAUCGAGUUAUCCUCAUGAGCGGCUCCUCACUGGCUCCGUGGGCUCUACUAAGCGGCCCGCUGAACGCCACGCGCCAGCUGGCGCGCCACACCAACUAUGGCAUCGUCAUCAGCGACGAGUUCUUCACCAACCGGGCCUCCUACGUGCAUCGGCUGACCUCGUACGGCCUGAUGACGGGCGUGACGUCAUCAGACGCCGACCACCAGCUGAGCGAGCGCCAGCUGACGUCAGGUGUGACGCCAGAGCAGCGCGACCGGCUGCUCCGGACUUACGUGCAGAACUCGUACAGCUACCACCUGAACGAGCUGCUGUCGGUGAUCGGACACGAGUACACGGACUGGACGCGCGCGCAGCGCCAGCCGCGCCGGCUGCGAGACGAGCUGGUGCGCGCGCUCAGCGACGCGCAGUUUGUGGCGCCGGCCUUGCACACGGCCAGUCUCUUCCCCGACGACAGGAGCACGUUUUUCUACGUGUUUGGUGGACACCGAGGGACCUCAGAUCUCUCAGAGGGCUCCCGGCUGUCAUACGGAGGUGAGCUGCCGUACGUGUUCGGCGAGCCGCUCGUGCAUCGGCCGGGACACCUGACCGGCCUGUGGUCGGCCGAGGACCGCGCACUCUCCGAGGCCGCCGUCACCUACUGGACCAACUUCGCCAAGUCCGGGGAUCCCAACAAGCCCAAGGAUGUGUUCUUCGGAGGUGAUAGCGGGGAACGUUACAGAAAAAUAAUUUGGAGCCCAUAUGAGCAUCAGUACAAGAAAUACAUGGCGCUAGGUGGGACGCCGCGCGUGCUGGGGCACUACCGGCCGCGCCAGGUGGCGCUCUGGCUCGACCUGCUGCCGGGCAUCCACCGCCGAGGCGGCGUGGCCAUCGGCUGCUCGCUGCUCGUGCUCAACAUCCUCAUACUGGCCGGGGUGUACUACCAGCGCGAGAAGGGCCGCGUCGAGUGGCGACGGCGCGCCGAGAACGGCCUGCCACCUGGCAGCCGAGCGCCAAACCGGCGGUCGUCAGUCGCCGAUGCUCGGGCUAGCGGGAUGGCGCUGUCUCUGCGGGUGCUGCUGCUGCUGGCGCCGCUCGGGGCCGCCUGGGCCGCCGACAGGGAGCUGGCCUGCUUCUACGGCUCGUGGGCGAGGCUCAGGGGAGGCGACGGUCGCGUGACGGUGGACCGGCUGGAGCCCUCACUGUGCACCUCAUACAUCUUCGCCUUUGCCCUGCUGGACCCGGCCACCUCCGCUCUGCUGCACUCACGGCCGGACGAGCUGCUCUUCUACCGGCAGUUCACCGGGCUGAAGAGGCGCAACCCGCGCCUGCGCGCCGAACUCGCCGUCGGCGGCUGGAAUGACUCGCGCAAGACCGACUACGCCGCAAUGGCCGCCGACGCCGACCGGCGGCGCACCUUCGCGCGCAGCGCCGCCGCCGCGCUCGACACCUUCGGCUUCGACGCGCUGCACAUGGACUGGGAGUUCCCGGACGGCGCCCGGCAGCGGCGCGACUUUUCAGCGCUGCUGGAGGAUCUGCGCGCCGCGCUGGGCGGCCGCCCACUGCACGUGGCUGUGCCAGCCAGCGAUUAUCAGGCACGCAAGGCGUUCGAGAUGGGCCGCGUGGCGCGACUGGCCGACCGGCUGUACGUGAUGGCCUACGAUAUGCGGGGCGGCUGGACGCCCGAUGUGGCCGGCCACCACGCACCGCUGGCGCCGCGCCCCUCUGACUUCAGCCAGCAGGACGCCAAGUCGGCCGUGCGGAUGUGGCGGGCGGCCGGGGCGCCCGCCGAGAAGCUGCUCCUCGGCAUCCCGUUGUACGGCCGCGGGUGGCGCGUGGCCGAGCCGGAGAGCUCGGCGCCGAUGCCGGCGCUCGGUCUGGCGCCAGCCGGGCCGUACACGCGGGAGCCCGGCGUGCUGAGCUAUCUGGAGAUCUGCCAGAAUAUGCAGCAGCGCGGCUGGACCUCGCACAAGCUGGUGGACGAGGACUUCGUGUACGGUGCGGCGGCGGUCGGCGACGGACAGUGGUUCGGCUACGACGACGAGCAUAUGGUGGCCGAAAAGGUCCGACUGGCCCUGGGUCUCGGCCUGCCCGGCGUGUUCGUCUGGGACGUGGCGAUGGACGAUGUCAGAGGCUUGUGCUCACCCAGACCGUUCACCUUGACGAACAUCAUCAAGCAAACCCUGGCCAACGAAACGCAGUCUGCUGAGGAAGAUGCUCCACCAGGAGAAAACCUGACCAUCGAAACGCAGUCUGUUCAGAAAAAUGUUCCACCGAGUAAGAAUGCUAUAAGAAGCACGCUGAAGACCAUGUGUCAGCUGCCGGAGCUGUCUUCAGAUGCAUCGGAGCCGGUGGUCAUCGGAGAUAAACCGUGACACCACAAAUGGCGUCGCCUUCUUCACCGACGCGUGAGCAGCCUCAGCUGGACUGUAGCUAUCAAACGGCCAGGCUGCGUCACGAUGGCAGCCAACUUCAAGCAGUGUUUCAGCAUUUACCCACUUGGGUGGCAGGGAUGCCGGUAUUGAGCUAUUACACGCCGGCUGGGGGGGGGGGGGGGGGGCUCACUGCCUGUUGCUACCUACCUCGCCCAAAAUCGGACAACCAGCAUCGACCCAGGCCGCGGCCAACCUAGCAUCUAAGCGCCUCGGGCUUGACAACCGGGCCGGGCCCGUCAGAUGUCUCGGUUCCGGGUCAAAGGGCGACGGAUUAACCCCCACGAGUCGCGUGCGGAGACCGCUGGAGAACCGGGAUUCGGGUACCUUAAAUGUGUAUUUACAUCCUGCGCUCUCUCCAGAAUGCACUUUAGAGCGCUGGCUUCAGGCUGGAACGUCUCGAAGAAGCCUGUGCUGCUUACUCCCCCCCCCCCCCCCCCAGGAUAACCUUCCGGUCAUUUUUAACAUAUCAUAGAGCAUCGGGCAUCGUGCAUCGUGCAUCGUGCAUUGUGCAUCGUGCGUGCAUCACGCUGCGUCAUGUCGAGCAUCAUAAACCGCAUGAAAGUCAGACUGUACUGGUGCAUGCUGUGUGGCGCUGCGCGCUGUGCUGACUUCUUUGUCCGAAGCAGCAAGCCGAUGCGUCCGACGCCAUGUUGUGUUUUCAUGUGGGGAAUACAUCGAUCUCGUACGGUGCCAAUUUGUUCCGAUAUUUUUCUUGUUUGUUUUGUGUGGAAUCCCUCAGACUCCCACAGGCAUACCUCGACGUCUUUCCAUUUCGUCAGAAGAAUGCACGUUAUGCGUCUCGCCUGGGUGCCCACUGUAUGAUUUCCAACGAACACUGAAGUGCGUCCAGGCUCGCCUCGUUUGUACGACGCCUGGUCCCGUCGGAGACACGGCGAUUUUUACACUUCACAGCGGUCAUUUCGCCCUCGCUCCAUUGCAGGGUGGGGGCAGCAUUACUGACGUGUGUACUCUGCUAUGUCCUGACCGCGAUAAAUGAAAUAUA